UCUCUCUCUCUCUCGCAUCCUGAUCAGCUCGCCGCGUCGGCGUCGCCCUCGCCUCGCUUGCUUGCUUGCCGUGGCGCACCACUCAACCAUUGGCUCUAUCCCGCUCCGGCUCCGCUCGCUCGCGUGUCCAUGGCCGUGGCCCUUGCCGGCGCGAGAUCCCCCGGGGCGGCAGCGAUCCUCGGCCUCCGCCGCCUCGCCCCCGCGGCGCCCGUGCGUCUGGGCGUAACCCCACGUCCCGGCCGCCGCGGCGUCGCCAUGGCGGCGGCGGCGUCCGCCGCCCCCUCCGCGCCGCCCGCGCCCGCCGAUCCUCUCCCCAAGGGCGCUGAUUCAUUUUUCCGGAGAGUUAUCUCAAACAUGGAAAAAGUAUACUUGAGCAGGAAUCCAACUGCCAAAACCAUCUUGGAACUUGUUCGUUCUUAUGAUGGGGACCACAUUUGUUAUGAUCAUUUUGCUUUCAGAACAUUUGGAGUUGAUGGUUAUGGUAUAAAUUCACUCGCUGAAUUUUUUACUGACUUUGGUUAUGUUCCUCGUGAAGAACUAAGGUUUCCAGCAAAAAAGCUAAGAGCACUAUGGUUUUCUCCUCCCACCAAUGACGUAUACACUGGAACUGGUGUUUAUGGCCCUUUGCCAAGGAUAUUCAUAUCAGAACUACUUGUGGAUGAGUUGAGUGCUCAGAGCCAGGACAUUAUACACAAAUACAUUAGAACUUCUGGUAAGGGAAAUAGACAUGCAACUCUUGCAAGUACCUUAGGGGAGCUGACAUGGGAGAAGCCCAAUUACUCUGAUUUCCAGGUUUUAUCUAGGGAAAGUGAAUAUGCUGCAUGGACUCUUGUUAAUGGCUAUGCACUAAAUCAUACCACAAUUGCCACUCAUCGCUUGACAUCAGACAUCAGAAGUAUCAAUAAGUUCAACAAAUUUGUGGAGGACAAUGGGUUCAAGUUAAAUUCAGAAGGAGGGGUGUUGAAAGUGAGUCCUGAUGGUCUCCUCCAGCAAAGCUCAACUGUAGCUGAUUCAGCAUUGUUUACUUUUGCUGAUGGAAUCACUGAAUCUGUCCCACGGUCCUAUAUCGAAUUUGCUGAACGGCUGCUACUCCCCCAAUUCAAAGAUUUACAAAAUGAAGAGGUCAAGGAGCACCAUAGGCGUGAUGGUUUUGAGGUAGGGAAUGCGGACAAGAUAUUUGAGAGCACAUCAAAUGAUCAGCUUACCCGGAGAUCAGCAUAAAUGGUGAACUCUCGACUAUUCUGUAAGCGGGCCAUCCCUCUCGGGAGUGUGUUGAAAGUUUGUGCUCUGCAGUAAUUGUAUUUUCCUGGAUAAAUUCGAACAUUAUAAUGAAUAAAAUAUUGAAUGUAUAUCGCUGAAUGAAAUGAGAAAACAAGUAUACAAAAUAAUUUCUCUACA